GCCGCCGGAGUCCGGGCACAGACUGCAAAGGUGGCGGCCGAGUCCCCUCGCCUGUAGCCCACCUCGCUCGGCUUCUGCGCUCGACCCGGCCGCCAUGGAGGGACCCCAAGAACCUCUAAGUGGGAAACUCCGGCUCUGCUUCACCCCUGCGGCACGGACCAGCCUCUUACUGCUCCGGCUCAACGACGCGGCGCUGCGGGCGCUGCAAGACUGUCUGCGGCAACAGGUCCGGCCGGUGAUCGCUUUCCAAGGCCCCCGAGGGUAUCUGAGGAUCCCAGGUCCUGGCUGGUCCUGCCUCUUCUCCUUCACAGUGUCCCAGUGUGGCCAGGAGGGCACUGGAGGUGGCUUGGACCUGGUGUGCCAACGCCUAGGCAGAUCUGGGCCUAACCGCCUCCACUGCCUGGGCACACUCAGGGAACGUCUCACCAUUUGGGCAGCCAUGGACUCUAUACCAGGCCCAUUGUCCAUUCACAGACAUCUGACUGAAGUUGUGAGGGAUCCUGGGAGUUGGCAGAACCGGGCCGACUAUUCUGAAGGUGACGGGGAUGCCAGGGCACAGCCAGAGGUGGCUGUCCAACAGGUGUCAGACGCAUUGACAAGCAAUGCCCAACAGCCACUCCCAGGAUCCUCUAGUGAACACAUGACACCGUGGGAAGUGAGGAACCAGACCCACCCUCCAAACAGAGAACUUGAUCAGGCACAGCCUUCCGCCAGCCAGAAACGUCUAGACAAGAAACGCCCAGCAUCUGAAGCCACCGAAGAAAUAGAAGAGAAGAGGCUCAGAGCUCUGCCUCUAUCUCCAGGUCUCCUACAAGGGGAUUUAGAAGAGGGAGGAGAUUGGGAGGAAGAAGAUAAAGAUGAAGACAUGGAUCCUAGGCUGCAACACAGUCCCUCAGGUGGAGCAGACUCUGAAUCCCCAAGCCCUGAAGAAGCACCAGAUUACCUUCUGCAAUACAGGGCCAUUAACAGUGCGGAGCAGCAACAGGCCUAUGAGCAGGAUUUUGAGACAGAUUAUGCUGAAUAUCGAAUCCUCCAUUCCCGUGUUGGCGCUGCAAGCCAAAGGUUCAUAGAGCUGGGAGCAGAGAUCAAAAGAGUUCAGCGAGGAACUCCAGAACACAAGGAGCUGGAAGAUAAGAUAGUCCAGGAAUAUAAAAAGUUCAAAAAGCGGUACCCAGGUUACAGGGAAGAGAAGCGUCGCUGUGAGUACCUGCAUCAGAAAUUGUCCCACAUUAAAAGUCUCAUCCUGGAGUUUGAAGAAAAGAAAAGGGGCAGCUGAAACUAUCCAAAGGAUUAGGCAAAGACCCUUUGCCCAAGAAUGUGGACAAAACAGCUUUCUUAUGCUAAACCCUUGAGUCCACUGGGGACAAGUAGAGAGCUGCAGUAGGUCCUUGAAGCUGGAUUUUUCAAGCGUCACUGUUUUUAGUUUUUAGGGUGUGGGCACAAUUCUGUGCCCUGGAGACUAGGGAAAGUAGCAGACCCUGUUAGUUCAGCCAGGGCAUUUCUAAAUCCUGAAAAAUGACACCAUUUCCGUGCAAGGUAUGUUUGAGGAAACAAAGCAAACUAAGUAAAUUUAGCAUCAAGCAGCUUUUCAACAUAAUGGUAACUUUUGGUAACAGAGCUAAAGUAACUUGUAACCCAGAGUAGAUAUAAAGGGAAACAGCUUGGGUUGACCUAUGAACUGAAAGUGUAUUCUUUUACAAACAUGGCUACUAAAUUAAAAGUGUUUUAUGUCUUUGA